AAAAACUAUUAGUUUCAUUGCGAACGUCAAUGGUUCAAAAUGGAUAAUCUUCUGCUUUUGCUCAUCGUUACGACCAUCACCGUCAACGCCCAAAAUAUCACCCCAUGCUCGAGCACUCUCGGCUGCAUCGGCCGGGUCGACUGCCCCAAAGGUCACUGGCAUCCGAGCGCAUCGCUGGACGGUUGCUGCCCGGGCUGCGUCCAAGGGCUGGGACUCCACGAUUCGGGAUGUGGCGCGUUGAGUCCGUGUCUACCGGGACUGACGUGCAGGAGCGGAUCUUGCGUGCUGGAUUCUAGUAGCUGCUUGUCCGCGGAACACGUCCCACCGGAAAUCUCGUGGACGCCAACUUGUGACAGUUCGGGCCGUUUUCAUCCCGUGCAGUGUCGUGGAGAUCUGCUGCAUGGACGAUGCUUCUGCUACUCAUCAACUGGACGUAGGAUUUUCGGCUCGGAAUGGCGCGGCCGAGCUACGGACAUGACUUGUGCCUGCAGUCGCUUGAGGUCCGACCUGGAAGCCAGUGGACGCCAGGACGUGACUCUGCACUGCUCUUCAAAUGGAAACUUUGAACCGCUUCAGUGUGACGGCGGCGUCUGCUGGUGUGUUGAACCAAAAACGGGUCAACCCCUGCCGCAGGUUCCCGCCGUGUUGCCGUCCAUGUGGACCAAGCUACCCUGCUACAACAGCACCCAGCACGGGGACCGGUACCUGCGACAGUGCGAAAGUGCGGCCACCGCCCAGAAGCUGGUCCAGCAAAAGUUCACCGUCCACGGUCACACCGAGGUGGCCCUCGCGGACGUGGUGUGCGAUUACGACGGGAGUUACGGGCCGUACGAGGUGCAGGAGGGAAUCGCAUAUUGCACAUGGCGCGAUGGGCAACGGAUUGCACAGUUCCAGACGAGCACCCUCAAGCUCAAGCAGAUGACUUGCAAUUGUGCCCGCGACCAGAAGAUUUUCGCCGGAGCCGGGUUGGAGUUGAAGCUGCUGUGCGACGGGAAUGGAAACUAUGCCAAGCUGCAGGACAACAACGGGGAACUGUUUUGCGUGGAUCGGGAUGGGUUUGUGGUGGCCAGUGCGGUUUCACCCGAGGAUGACUGCAGUGCUUAUGUGCUACCUUAGAUUUAUUUUUCAAAAUCAAAUUUAUUUUUCCUUGUAUUUUUGAUACUGGAUUAUCUCCUUAAAUUUUAAAUUAAAUUAGUUCAAAAUUUAGAUUCUAGAUUGUACUUUUUGUUGAAAAAAAUAAAAUAAAAAUAAAAUGAGAAC